AUUCAUUGAUAAAUACUAAUAUAGUGAGUUAAACAGUUUAAAUAAUAAUAAUAUGGCGCUCAGUACCCCAUCAGACCGACGGCGGCAGAAAGGUUACAGCACCACAUUAAGUUGCUCCAGAGAUAACACCCCAAUAUCUAAACUAACCAACAUAAAUUUAUAGCGAAAUAAUAACCAUAAAAUAUUUAUUUCCCUCAAAUUGGUGACCAGGAUGCAAGGGACAUCAACGGAGUUGGAAAGGGUAGUGUACGGGUAGUUUUGGAAGGGAGCGGCGGUGACGUCCGGAGGGCUCGUGGCGGGCCGCUCGACAGUCUUCAUUUCACGAUUAUCUUCAACCUGUAUCUCUUUCUCCCUCGUUCUAUCCCUCCCGUGUGAGUGCCACUCUGAGCCGUGAUGGAGUGUGAGGCCCAAGUGCAGACGUAUGUGGGCACCAUCAGUAUAACCAGUGUGGAGUGCUCCAAGCAGAUUGUUGUGGUGGGGACGACUUUCAGCCCCGAGGAGGCGGUGUGUCGCCGGAACGCGGUGUGUGGAUUAUUGGCUGCCCAUUACCUCAACCAAACUAAAACCAAAGAAACGUGUCAACAUUUGUUUAUAACACACAGUGAUCAAGGCCCUCAUUUCUGUCGAGCAGAGUUGAUCGAUCAGAACUCUGUCCAGGAUGACCUUGCAAAGGUGUUGUUAGUGGAUGAGGGUGGAAUUGUUUGGAGAGAGUUACACACACUCACAAAAUGCCCUAUAGAGUUUAGUGACAGAAAAUUUGCUGCCAUCUAUAGGCAGUAUAUCUUGUACGACGUUUACCCAUUGAGCUAUAAUUGGUCAGAUGAUGUAAUACGUUCGCUUAAAGCAGCACUUGAGCAUAAAAAGCUCUCUGCAAUUUUCAGAGAUAUUAAUCAGAGAUGUACUUUCAUCAACCCUUUAGAUGCGAAUGGAAUACCAAUUGUAGCUUCAUUGGUGGCAAAAGGUAAAGUUGCACCUCAGCCACUUUCAAAAUUUAGACUUUGUAAUUCAAGUAUGGUAUUGCCAAAAGAAGUUGAGAAGAAACAGCCUUUACCAGAGCUAGCCUAUUCUGUAAUGAGAAUACCACUGAAUACCAUUGAACGAUGUUAUGUGUUAAGUGUCGAAAAUGGCCCAUGGAAAUUUUGUUUACAAUUUGAACAGCAAAGAGCUAUGCUUAAUGAAGUGAACAGUAAGCUGCAGUUGUUAUCGCAAUCCAAGACAUUGUUAAAGAUCCAUCCCAAGGUUGGAGAUGCUGUUAUUUGUAAGACGAUGCAGCAGUAUUAUAGGGGACUAGUACUGAGGGCAACAUCUCGAGAAAUCAAUGUGUAUUGUGUUGAUAAGGGCAUUACAAUGUCAAAGACAUUAGAGGAGAUUUUGAUGUUUCCCAGAGAAUUGUUUGAAAUCCCAGUUCUGACUUACACAUGUUGUUUGCAUAAACUUCCUGCCACUCCAGAUGAUGAGAUAAAAGAAAAGUUUUCAAUGCUUGUAAGUAAUUGUUAUCUGGGUGGCCAGGUGGUUAAUUACAAGAAGGAUAUUGCUGUUGUAUCAUUGUUUGUUGACUGUGUGUCACUAUUGCAUGUACUGCCGGAACCAGGACAUUAUAAAGAAGCUUUUCUCCCAGAGACGUGUAAAGCAAUAAUUUCUUAUGUCCAUGAAGAGGCAGCAAUUGUUUAUUUACAAUUGGUAGAAAACCAAAAUGAAUUGGCAGCUAUGCACAAAGAGCUGCAGAAGCAACAGUCAUCCGAGCCACUGGAUCACACGAUUACAAAGGGUCUACCGUGUCUUGCCCUAUACCCCGAAGAUGGAUACUGGUAUCGUGGAAUUGUUGUCCAUCCUGGAGAUCCCCUGAUUGUUAGCUAUGUAGACCAUGGAAAUGAGGCAUCAGUUCCUGCAGAAUUUGUGAGAAAGCUAGACCUUCAUUUGAUUAACCGUCUACCAGCUCAGGCCAUUCCCUGUGUCUUAAACAAUGUCACAAAGAAGCCGUUGAAGAUUUCUGAUAUUGAUGAGGUGAUUGAGGAAUAUUAUGUGAAUGUUCUUGUUGUGGGUGAGACAAACUUGUUGCUUGGAGAAAAUAACCUAAAGGCUUAUGUAGUAGAACUGACUUCAAGCCAGACUUUGGUUUCCCUGAACCAAAGUCUGAGCCUUAAGGAACCUACUACAAAGAAAGUGACAAGAUCUAUUAUGCCAAGUGAACUUGCAAAUGGUUUCCAGGAACGCUCUUGUGUAAAACCACCUGGAAUCCAUAUCGAUUGUUUAACCAAGAAAGAAUGUAUACUUUCAUCGGCAGAGUCUCUCUCUGACUUUUAUCUCACACUUGCAGAAAAUGAGUGUUUAAUUCAGGAUAUAAAGAAGAGCAUUAAUGAAGCUUUUCAUAGCACACACAACAAGUUGGAACAGGCACAGCAGGGAUGGUUGGUUGCUUACCAUGGACAGGACCACCAGUGGCAUAGGGCGGUUAUAACUAACUGCCGGGGUUACUCGGUUAAUCUGUUCCUGAUUGACUCUGGUGUGAAGGUAGCUGCAACAGUUAAGGAGCUGAGGUAUCUUCCUGACUGUGUGUUGGUGUUUCCUGCCCAGGCUGUAAAUUGCAUGUUAGACAGUGUUGCACAGCUGAACAAUGUUCAGUUGUAUGACCACUUAAUAGAAAUGAUUGGACGUAAAAUUUAUGUGAACUUUAUUGCCAACAUGGGAGAGAAGUGGAAGGUAAACUUCAGUAUUGACCUGCAGAGUCGAGUCAGUGAGGUUAACACGCCCGCCAAAGAUCAAGUUGGUGAAAACAGAGCUUGGAUGAGAUGGAAUGCGGAGAUGGACACAAGUGUCAACAACUAUGAUGAAGCUCACGACUCUCCAUCUGUUGGUGAAGAGAGAGAAAAUGGUGAAGAUUCAUAUAGGAGGGAUCGGAGCUGGAGAAAUGAGAGGACUGACACGUAUUCAAGUAAAAGAGGAUAUCACUCUAAUAAAAGUGAAGAAACCAAUUUCAGCAGCAAAAAUUGGGACAUGCCAGGAAUAAAGAAAAAUAAUAAAACAGAACCUGACUUCAGUUACCAGGAAAAACAGCACGCAGAUAAUAGGUUCAAGCCAACUGAGACUCAUCCUGCAUUUGUACCCGAAGCAAAAUAUGUAGCCGAUUUAAUCCCUGAAGACGCCUCGAUGCUUGAAGCUCCACCAUGCAGUGAUGGUGAACCCGGACAACUGCCAGCAUUGAUACUGCCGUUUGACGAGCCUGUCGAUGUAGAGGUGACUUGGAUUUUAUCUCCGGUGAAGUUCUACUGCCGGGUGAAUGACUCUUGCACCAAUUCAUUUUGGGAGCAAAUUGAAGCUGCACAGGAGUAUUAUAAUGGAGUGAUUGCUGACCGAGCAUUUCACACUUUUGCUAAAGAUCAGAUGGUGAUGGCAAUGACGCCUGAAGGGGUGUGGCAUAGAGGAAGAGUUCUUCUGGUAUCUGCCAAGACUGUCACCAUUCAGUAUAUGGAUUUUGGCACCAUAUAUGGUGUUCAACAGUCAAAUGCCAUUUUUCCUUUGAAAAAAGAGCAUGUAGAAAUGUUUCCACCUAUGGGCUUCUGUGUUAUUUUGGCAAAUCCUAAGGAAAGCUAUGAUAGUGAUUGGCCGUUGGAAGCCAGGACAACUGCUAUGAAUUUCCUUAAAGACGUAAAUCAGUGUGUCCUGAAGCAGAAAUGUAACACUGGUGAUGCUUACAUAGCAACAAAAAUCACGGCGAAUGGAAAGAGUUAUGAAGAUUUUCUUUUAAGCAUAGAAUUGGCCAAUGAAAUGAGUGUUCUGCCUGUCAAAGAACCAGAAAGUGCAGUUACCUCCAGGACAACUCCUGUGGACGAAGAACAUGUGUUCGUUGUUGAUGAAUCUGCCUCCCCUCCAAAUGAAGCAGAAGACAAAAGCCACAAACUUGUGUCGCCUGCUGCUAUGAAGUUUGAGCCACUCGACUCUACCUUUCCAUGUGAAGAUGUGUAUAACAACAAUGUGACAACCAAAUCAGACUUCGUAUUGCAAGUUCCAAUAAAAAGUGGCGAUGAAGUGUAUCUAACUAAUGUUGAUGGUGAUGGGAUGAUUUGGCUCCAGCGUGAAGCGGACACAAGUGUCCUAAUGCAGUUGGAUGAAAAAAUUGAAGAGUACAGUUCUGAGUUGAAGGCAGCCAGUAAGAUAGAAAUUGGAUGGCUGUAUAUUGUGAAGAGCUUACAAUAUGAUUGGUUUUAUAGAGCUUCAGUUCAAAAUAUAAGUGAACAGGAAGUUGAGGUCCUGUUCAUUGAUUUUGGUUCCAGAGAAACUAUCACAUCUUCACAGGUGUUUGAGAUGCCAGAAGAACUUGAGAAAAUGGAACCAAUUGCCUACAAGUGCAUUUUAGAUUGUGAAAGUGCCAGUGAUGCUCAAACAAUUGACUGGAAUAUCCUCUAUGAGAGUAAUUGCAACCAGGUGUUGAGUGUCAAGUUUGUGAAUAGUUUUGGUGACACAAGCAUUGUGCAAUUAUUUAAUAAGGGUAAAAACAUUGCAUGUUUCCACCAUGUAACCACUUCAAACUUACCAGAAAAACCACAAUUGCUUGAAGAUUUUUUGAUGCAGGACAAUGAAAAAGGGAGAAGUAAUAUUGUCACAAAUAAUUCCUUGGAGUCUUUGAAGAUUCCUGAAGCAACUGUUGAUGCAAAUACUGGUGAAGAAUUCCAGGGAUAUCCUGUAUACCCCAAGUUUGAUUCAAAUGUUGUUGUGUCUGCAGAUGGUAUUGAAGAGACGGAAACAUGUGAAAACAUUAAGGUUGAGGAGGAAAUUUCUUACGUACAUGUUGAUAAAGCAAGUGAAUUCCAGGAAUCUCCUGUAUACCCCAAGUUUGAUUCAAAUGUUGUGUCUGCAGAUGGUAUUGAAGAGACGGAAACAUUCGAAAACAUUAAGGUUGAGGAGGAAAUUUCUUAUGAACAUGUUGAUCAAGCAAGUGGUGAAUUCCAGGAAUCUCCCGUAUACCCCAAGUUUGAUUCAAAUGUUGUGGUGUCUGCAGAUGGUAUUGAAGAUACGGAAACAUUCGAAAACAUUAAGGUUGAGGAGGAAAUUUCUUAUGAACAUGUUGAUCAAGCAAGUGGUGAAUUCCAGGAAUCUCCCGUAUACCCCAAGUUUGAUUCAAAUGUUGUGGUGUCUGCAGAUGGUAUUGAAGAUACGGAAACAUUCAAAAACAUUAAGGUUGAGGAGGAAACUUCUUACGAACAUGUUGAUAAAGCAAGUGAAUUCCAGGAAUCUCCAGUAUACCCCAAGUUUGAUUCAAAUGUGUCUGUAGGUGAUAUUGAAGAGAUGGAAACAUGUGAAAACAUUAAGCUUGAGGAAAUUUCUUAUGAACAAAUUGAUCAAGCAAGUGGUGAAUUCCAGGAUUCUAGUGUACACCUCAAGUUUAAUUCACACAAGAAUAUGCCAGGAGAGGAUGUGCAGGAGACAGAAAUAUUUCAAAGCUUAGAGUUUCAAGUGGAAAGUUCUAACGAACAUGUUGAUCAAGCAAGUGGUGAAGAAUUCCAGGAAUCGAGUGUAUACGUCAAUUUUGAUUCGGAUGAGGAUAUGUCUGCAGGUAACAUGCUGGAGACAGAAAAUUUUCCAAGCAUUCAAUUUGAGGAAGAAUUUGCCGAAGAAAGUAUUACUCGGGCAACUGUUGAUGUAACUACUGAUGAUGAAUUCUCGGAAUCUCUUGUGUACGCCAAGGUUGAAUCAAACGAGGAUCCAUCUGCAAAUGAUGUACAAGGUACAGUCAAAUUGCAAAAUAUUCCAACGGAAAUAAACACUGCUUCUGUUGAGCAUGGAACUGCUGAUUUGGCUUGUGAUUUGGAAUCUGGUGUUGAUAUAAAGGAUGAAUAUAUUAGAGAUGUAAGUGGAGAUCUGUCAAUAAAAUCGGGAGCAUUUAAUAAGUUUACACAAGUGCAAUUGAAACAUGUUUCUGAAAAUUCUGAGAGUAACAAAGCUAUUAAAAAUAACAUGACUAAAAAAACACUUGUGGAUGUUGGAGAAGGUAAUCAUUUUGAUGAGAAUUCAGAAGUAUGUAGACAAGAUUAUUGUUCCAUGUUAAUUGAAAGACGAGUUGGAAAUUUGUCAGAAGUAGGAAUUAAACAGUUUAAGUAUGAUGAGGUUGAGGAAAAGAUUUAUGUUAAAUAUAUUGAACAAAAUGAUAUGCCCCUGAAACAGUUGUCACACCUGCAAACUGAACAGGAAGUAGAUGAUAUGGACCUGAUACAGUCGUCACCCCUGCAAACUGAACAGGAAGGGGAUGAUAUGGACCUGAAACGGUCGUCACCCCUGCAAACUGAACAGGAAGGGGAUGAUAUGGACCUGAAACGGUCGUCACCCCUGCAAACUGAACAGGAAGGAGAUGAUAUGGACCUGAAACGGUCGUCACCCCUGCAAACUGAACAGGAAGGGGAUGAUAUGGACCUGAAACGGUCGUCACCCCUGCAAACUGAACAGGAAGGGGAUGAUAUGGACCUGAAACGGUCGUCACCCCUGCAAACUGAACAGGAAGGGGAUGAUAUGGACCUGAAACGGUCGUCACCCCUGCAAACUGAACAGGAAGGGGAUGAUAUGGACCUGAAACGGUCGUCACCCCUGCAAACUGAACAGGAAGGGGAUGAUGUGGACCUGAAACAGCUUUCACCACUGCAAACUGAACAGGAAGGGGAUGAUAUGGACCUGAAACGGUCGUCACCCCUGCAAACUGAACAGGAAGGGGAUGAUAUGGACCUGAAACGGUCGUCACCCCUGCAAACUGAACAGGAAGGGGAUGAUAUGGACCUGAAACGGUCGUCACCCCUGCAAACUGAACAGGGAGAUGAUGUGGACCUGAAACAAUUUUCACCCCUGCAAACUGAACAGGAAGUAGAUGUGGACCUGAAAUGGUUGUCACCACUGCAAACUGAACAAGAUGAUGAUGUGGACCUGAAACAGCUUUCACCCCUGCAAACUGAACAGGAAGAUGAUAUGGACAUGAAACAGUUGUCACCUCUGCAAACUGAACAGGAAGGAGAUGAUAUGGACCUGAAAUGGUCGUCACCACUGCAAACUGAACAGGAAGAUGAUAUGCACCUGAAACAGCUUUCAUCCCUGCAAACUGAACAGGAAGAUAUGGACCUGAAAUGGUCGUCACCCCUGCAAACUGAACAGGAAGGAGAUGAAUUGACCUUGGAAUGGUCGUCACCACUGCAAACUGAACGGGAAGAUAUGGACCUGAAACAGCUUUCACCCCUGCAAACUGAACAGGAAGAUGUGGACCUGAAACAGCUUUCACCCCUGCAAACUGAACAGGAAAGAGAUGUGCACUUGAAACAGCUUUCAUCCCUGCAAACUGAACAGGAAGGAGAUGAUAUGGACUUGAAAUGGUCAUCACCCCUGCAAACUGAACAGGAAGAUGUGGACCUGAAACAGCUUUCAUCCCUGCAAACUGAACAGGAAGGGGGUGAUAUGGACCUGAAACGACUUUCACCCCUGCAAACUGAACAGGAAGGGGGUGAUAUGGACCUGAAACAGCUUUCACCCCUGCAAACUGAACAGAAAGGACUCAAGUCUCAGUAUCCUUUGACAAAUGGAGCAGCAGUAUACAUAAGUUUCCUGAAUGGUGAUAGAGUGUGGCUGCAGCGACCCUGUGAUGCCGACAAGCUGUGCGAUAUGUCUCGCCGAAUAAUCACAUUGGUUAACAAUACCCAGGUACCUAGUAACAUAAGCAAGGGCAAGAUUUAUCUUGCUCAGUAUGAGGACCAGACGUGGUACCGCGCCAUAAUUUUGGAAGUGUUAGAAGACCAUGUUUUUGCCUGCUUUAUUGAUUAUGGCAACUCAGAUGUGAUAUCCAAUCAACAAGUUCGAGAAAUACCAGAAGGUCUGCUUGAAGAUGGACCAUUCGCCUAUGAAUGCAUAUUAAAGGAACAGGCCGUGUUUGUGGAAGAUGUACCUUCACCUUCGUUGCUGGAAACCUACCUAGACAAGGAACUAACUGUGGCUUUUGUUGAUGCUGAAAUGAAAUCUUUAACACUAAAAUGUGAUGGUCUAAAUAUUUUGGAAGAUUGUGUUGUUCUGGAGUUGAUUUCAAGCCUUGAUCAAGUAUGUAGUGAGGAAGGCUUAGGCACCUGCAUAGAACAGUUGCAUAAUAAGCGAGGCACUGAGAGAGACAGAGAACAGCUUUGUACUGAAGAGGAAACCAAAUUCUCCCAAGAAUGGGUGUGUAAUGGAGAUGGAUCUGUGUCAACAAUGGAACAGGCACCAAGCAUAUCCUUAAAGAAUAGGAAUAAAAGAGAGUCGAGCAGACUUUCAGGGAUUAAUAAAGAAAAUCUGUGUAAUAAAGGAGGGUUUAAAGAACACUCACAGCAGUUUAGUAGUGAAACGAAAACUCGAUUUGCAUUUCCAGAGAGAAAGCAGCGUGAAAAAGUAGACAUAGACAGAUCUGUGAGGGCUACAAUGCCAAUCCAUCCAAUACCAAGGUCAAGGAAGUUGGCAGUGGAAGCCUUGUACACAUGCAGAAAAAUUCAUAGCAAAACAGCCUUACAGGCAAUAGAAGAAGUUGAAGAGAAUGAAACUACCGAUAUAUCAGAGCUUAAAAUAAAACCAUUCUUUUCCUUAUUAGUUCAUGUAGAAGAGUUUCCAUUUUGUUUAUGGAUUCAAAAGAAAGAGGAUAUGGACUUAGCAGACUAUAUUAGUACUAGUUUAAUCGAGCUAGGGGAUAAUUUAGAGUUACUGGAUGCUCCUCAAGUAGAUUUGGUUUGUGUCUCGCUCCUGUGUAGUUGCUAUCAGCGUGCACAAGUGUUGGCAUUAACAUCAGACACGGCCACAUUGCACUUCAUAGACCAUGGAAAGUAUGGAACAGUUACACUGAAACAUCUAUGGAAGCUCCCAGAUGAAUUUUUAGACAUACCACCAUUGGUCUCUCAGAUUUUUCUUCCCGUAAAAGUAAUUCCUGGGAGAGAGAGUGGUGCUGUUCUUGCUGUUGCAGAAGCUGCUCUUCAUAGUAUGUGUGCAUGUCUAGACCUUGACCUAGUAUCCAGCAGCAGCAGAAUAACACACACCCUGGUCUCUGCUCCUGGUGUUGGUGAGUUAGGAGAGUUAUUAGUCAACAAUGAAUUAGCAAGGCCUAUUAACUGGGGAAAGAAAUUUGAAUUGGAAAUGGCAUUAUCCGUUAAAAGACUGCUGAAAGAAUCCACAAAUCAGCUGUGCAAUGAUUCACAGCAAGAUAAUUUGUUGCUUGUUACUUCUAGUAUACAACUUAAUGAGAAACUUAAUAAAUUGGCAAAGGAUCUUUAAGUAACACUCGAAUAUUUUUUUUUUUUAAUAUAUACACGUACUGUGAUAAUUUUGUCUUAAUUGAGAUAUUUUGAACAAUUCUUAAAGUACUGUAUAAGCAAUUUAUUUUAUUUUCAAUACAGUAGCCUGUAAAGAAACUCUUGUAUAAUGGAAGUUACUGUGUGGUGUUCUUUCAAAAUUCUGACUUGAAUACAGUAUUUGUUUUUAAAGCUGAACAAAAUAAUUCUUGUUUUACUACACAAGUGUUUUUUCAAUACAGGACAGUUAUUUAUAUGAUUGGUAUCUUUUCUAUAUUAAAUUUUUGUAUUGUUUAAAUUUACAGCUAAAAUAGGGAAGAAAUCCUUUCUGCCUUUGUAUUAAAAUGGUAUAAAUUCCAACGUGUAUUGUUUAAAUAUACUGUAAGUUUCUUGUAUAAUAAUGUAAUUUGAUAUCUUAAACCAGAGAAGAUGAAGAAUAAUAGUUUCAGUAUUGUAUUGUUUAAAUAAAGGAUGACUACUUGUAUAGAAAUUAUUGUA